AUGUCGUCCAGAGCAUCAAAUACUCCUAGGGCAACAACAAAAUAUCCAGAAAGCAGAGCAUAUUUUUCAAUAGAAGACCAUACCAGAAAAGAUUUACUUAAUAUACUUAUACAAAUCAAAAAGAUAAUCAUGCUUAAUGCUAUCAAUUCAUUAGAAUAUGCUAAAUGAGAAGCAUUUACUGAUUCAAUUGUAAUUAUAAACAAACUAUUGCUCAUUUUAAUAAAAUCGAAGCAGAUUUCUAUUAGAGAUUUCUAUCCCAUUUAGUAGGCUUGAGCAUCCAAUUAAUUUAUUUUUUAAUUUUAUCUAUAAAAUUCCAAGCCAAAAAUUUAAUUCGUAUAAAACUGUAUACAAAUCUCUAAAACAAGCAUGGCUUUUUAUCCUACAAGAAUGGGAUUUAAUAAAUGACCUUUAUGGCUGAAAUAUCUUUUCUAUUAUUUUUCAAAAGCUCAUAAUGCAUUUUAUUAGCGUCAGCGAUAAUAAAAGAAUGAAAAAGUGCCUCGAAGGCUUUAUUUUAAUUUCUGAAAAAUUUGAAAUUUUUAAUGAUAAUUAUUUGGAUUUUUUAAAUCUUCUGAUUACAGGCUAUUAUGAUAAUAUUGAUGAGGAAAUCAUAAGGUUAUGCUUAAACUCUUUGAAAAUUAUAGAAAAACAACCCAAAAAAUAUGAAAUCAAUAUGGGGAAUUUAGAACUUUCUAUAAUUACAUGAUCCCUGAUGAUUGGGGAGGAAAAAUAUGAUGAAAAUGUUGAGAAUUUAUUAAAAUUAGAUUGAGAUAUAGAUGAUAUUUGGUAUGAUACAAUUGAAAAGUUAAUAUGAAAGCUGUUUAUAGAUGAGAAAUAUACAUAAAAAUGGUGACCAUGUGCCAACCGGCCUCUCAACCCUAUUUCCUCAUAACCAGAAGGCAACGGCUCUGUUGUGGGGAUUUAGGCGGAAACCCUUUGUGUAUAUCGGGCUAGGCUUUACUUGAGACCAGGGAAAAAUCGUGAAACUUGGGCUUUCUUCUUCAGAACAACCAUUGGAAAUGGAUUAGAUCGGCGACAGUCCUGAUUGGAAACCAAUUCCCUCGAACAAGACUUAAGAGAUGGCAUUUGGCGAACGAGAAACUGGGAGUUUCGACUAAGGUGGUUGGCCCUUAGGCUCCAGAAGCCAUGGAAGUCAACACUGGUUGCUCGAAUCCCUUGUUUGAGGUAACAAUGAGGGUGUCCGCCGGGCCCCUCAGUGAGCGAUUAGCAUGUAGUGGUGCAAAUCCCCGGCCCCGCUAGGCUAACAACUCAAUCUAAUCUAAUAGAUGAAAAACAUGAGCUAGCAUUAUUAUUAGAUAAAAAGCUUAAAGAAGCUUAUAAUAUAAAAAUUAAAAAUUUCCCAAAUUAG